GAGAGACUGAGAGAGGGGGGGAGCUUUCUUUCAUUUUCUUUUUGUUUUUCUUUGUACAUCUCAAGAUCAGAUUGUCACCGUAUUGGGAGAAGAAGGUGUGUGUGUGUGUGUGUGUGUGGAGGGAGGGAAGACUGCCAUCAGAAGAUCAGCAGCUGCUGUUAUAAAAAUUCCUGCUUUCCUGCCCCCCAUCAGGAUAGCAUAACCAUAGCCUUCCCUCCCCCCCUCCCCCCCUCUGCUGCCAGCUUGGUGGUGACUGGUGAGAAGCACUUGUUCCAAAAUCAGGAGUUGUUAGAAUAAUCUUGACGCUGUAGGUGAUACCGGCGAUUCACGUUGCAUCGGUUGAUCAAAGCCGUAUUAUGUUCAUAUCAAGAAAUUCAGUUGCUUGAUGCGCUUAUCUCGGAACAUCUGAAAUAAAUCGAGGAUUGGAUGGCCACUUACUUCUCGGGCGCCGCCAACCAACGGGAAAUGCCGGCCCUUUGUUCGCGGGACGCCGGGAGUGAACCCUACCCCUCGCAAUCGAUCAUGGGGAACCUGCUUUAUCUAAACCAUCCGUCUUCAGGCGCAUUUCCGGAGUUUACAGGAAUCGCCCCAGCCGCGACUUCGCAAGAUUCGUCUUACAGCGAUUUAAAGGACGGGAGGAACGAGAUGUUCAUGCAAAUGAUCGGCGCGUCGCAGAACGGCGUCGGCGAUCUCAUUCAGAACCCUAACCCUAUCGCCGACGAGACCCAUCUGGGGAUGCAGCUAAACUUUGGUAUAUUGAACGGUCAAAACUUACCUUUGCAGCAGGCGAAUUUCCCUCCGGUUCAUGGUCAGGGGUUGUCGCUUAGCCUCGGAACGCAUAUUAUGGCGCCUCCUUUUCAGUAUGCUAUGGUGAACGGUGGAAUUUAUGGGCCGCAUGGAGACGACGACGCUCGAUCGAAAUUCAUGCAUUCGGAAGUCUCUCGCACGAUCUCUAAUUCGAAGUAUCUUAAGGCGGCGCAAGAAUUGCUCGACGAGGUUGUGAAUGUUCGAAAGGACUUGAAACAGAAGGUGGAUAAGAACCAGAAUGCGAAUAACAAUUCAGCCGGAGUCGGGGAUUGCAAAGAAUCGGACGGCGCAUCGAAAAGCGACGGAAUUUCUUCUAAUUCCCGUGAGCAGAAUGCGCAGUCUAAUGAGUUGUCUCCCUCUGAAAGACAGGAGCUUCAGAACAAGCUGACGAAGCUUUUGGCUAUGCUGGAUCAGGUUGAUAGGAGAUAUAAACACUACUACCACCAAAUGCAAAUUGUAGUUUCAUCUUUUGAUGUAAUAGCUGGUUCUGGAUCUGCUAAGCCAUAUACAGCUGUUGCUCUUCAAACAAUUUCACGACACUUCCGCUGUCUCAAAGAUACUAUUAAUGAUCAAAUUCGAUCUAUUCGAAAAGGCCUUGGCGAAGAAGAGAGUUCCGCUAGCAAAGGGGGUGGAUUGACUCGCCUUCGUUAUAUCGAUCAGCAGUUGAGGCAACAGAGAGCAGUUCAACAAUUCGGAAUGAUUCACCAAAAUGCAUGGAGACCUCAGAGAGGGCUACCGGAAAACUCGGUUUCAAUUCUACGCGCUUGGCUUUUCGAACAUUUCCUUCAUCCUUAUCCAAAAGAUUCUGAGAAGAUAAUGCUAGCAAGACAAACUGGCUUAACAAGGAGUCAGAUCUCAAACUGGUUUAUAAAUGCUCGUGUUCGUCUUUGGAAACCGAUGAUAGAGGACAUGUACAAAGAAGAAACUGGCGAUGCCGAGAUGGACUCAAACUCUUCCUCGGACAAUGUACCAAGAAGUAAAGACGAGAUUGGGUCGUCUGAAGAGAGAGAGGACCUGAAGAGCUCUGCGACCGAAAGAGGCCAGACAAGCCAAUUCAACGAGUCCAAAACCAACAAUUCCGAAAUAGACAUGGGUGGUGCCGCAAUCGGGUUUCCAAGUGAGACAACUGCGGACGAUUCCUUCAUGAAUCUCAUGUUAAAGGAUCAAAGGCUUAGCGAAAGGGACAGCGGGCUCCUUCACGACGCCGUGGGCCAGAAGCCCAACGAGAGCGGGAGGUUCAUGGCCUACCAAAUGGCUAAUUUGGGAAACUUGGCUAGUUUGGGAAAUUAUGGGAAUGGCAGUGUGUCUCUCACAUUGGGGUUGCAGCAUUUUGAUGGCGCACUUCACGUUCCGAACACUCAGGAGGCUUUCUCGGAGGUCAGGGGUGAAGAUAUCUAUGGCAAUGCGCCUCAAAUCGGAGUUGGCUCAUCGGAAUUCGAUUCUAUGAAUCCGAUGGAUCAAAGGCAAAGGUUCGAGCCCUCGCCUUUAUUGCAUGAUUUUGUGGCUUGAAAGCUCUAUUUGAAUAUAUGUAUCCAUAAAGAUAAAGAAGGUAGAAUUGGAUAUUUUGGAUGUGGGAAUAACAUGCCUAAAGAGCAUGAAGUUUGUAGUUGCCAAUUGCUAUAGAUAGAGGAAAGGUAGUAUAAAUACAUUUGUAAUAUAUUAAGUUAGAAGGUUGGGGUAAAAUAGGCCAAAACAUGUUGUAAAGAUAGUAUAUAUAUAUACAUGUAAAAGUAUAUGAUUUGAGAAUCAUCUUGUAAAGGUAAGAGUUAAUGUAA